AGUGGCGGUGACGUGUAUGGAAAAGUUUUUUGUUUUUUCACAUAUAAGCGAUCCAAUCAAUUGCCAUGAGCAAACCUUGAAAAAGCUUCAGCUACCCUUUUAUUGAUGCCCAACUUUUCAGUUAUAGGUUCAACUUUUCCACUCGAGGUAUUUGUUUUUUUGUAUUGAGAAUUUGACAUUGACCCCAGCUUUGAGUCUCCACUAUUAAUAUGCUGAAAAGUUGAGUUUCAAUUUUGGGGAAAAAAGGAUUUUGGGCUUACUACUAAUAAUUUGAAAAGAUGGCCAUGGCUCCAACUGUGAAAGUGGUACUUGGAUCAAUUGCUUUUGCAAUCUUCUGGGUAUUGGCAGUUUUCCCAGCAGUCCCUUUCCUGCCCAUUGGAAGGACUGCAGGGUCCCUCUUAGGAGCCAUGCUGAUGGUAAUUUUCCAAGUUAUAACACCAGAGCAAGCAUAUGCUGCCAUUGAUCUUCCAAUCCUUGGUCUUCUCUUUGGAACAAUGGUUGUUAGUGUGUAUCUUGAAAGAGCAGACAUGUUUAAAUACUUGGGUAAAUUGCUCACCUGGAAGAGUUGGGGAGCCAAGGACUUGCUUUGUCGAAUCUGCCUUAUUUCUGCCAUUUCCAGUGCUCUUUUCACUAAUGAUACCUCUUGUGUUGUUUUGACUGAAUUUGUUUUGAAAAUCGCGGCGCAACAGAACCUCCCACCUCAUCCUUUCCUAUUGGCCCUUGCCUCAAGUGCAAACAUUGGGUCUUCAGCAACUCCAAUUGGCAACCCUCAAAACCUGGUUAUCGCAGUUCAGAGUAAGAUUUCUUUUGGAAGUUUCGUAGUCGGAAUUUUCCCUGCAAUGCUCGUGGGAGUUUGUUUGAAUGCUUUAUUUCUUCUAUGCAUGUAUUGGAAGUUGUUAUCUCUUCAGAAGGAUAUAGAAGAUGCAUCUAUGGAAGUGGUUCCUGAGGAAGCAGUGGUUUCCCAUCGUUUUUCACCAGCUACAUUGUCACAUCUUACAUCCUUAAAUUCUCAAGAUUGGAACUCUACAUUGGAAUCCAUGAAUAUCCGCAGCCCUCCCAAUAUUAAUGGGAAUACUGGUCAUGUCGAGACUCUUAGGAACCGAAGAAGUUCGAGUGACAAUGAAAUCCACAAGGCCUCUAGUGGGGAGUUUGAAUCUGCAAGGAAUUCAAAUGCGUCUAAGGAGGUCACAAAUGACGGAUUUUCUCGAAGAAGGGAUGGACCUGUUUUAUCAAAGAGGUUUUCACCUGUGAAUGCAUUGACAGAUGCAAACUCUACUCCAUCUUUGGAAGAAAAGGCUGGUGUGAUUACGAGAUGGAAAAGGAAGCUAUGGAAGACUUGUGUUUACCUCGUUACUAUCGGUAUGUUGAUUUCCUUGCUCAUGGGACUGAAUAUGUCAUGGACUGCAAUUACUGCUGCACUAGCUCUUGCGGUUCUUGAUUUUAAGGAUGCUCGACCAUCCUUGGAAAAGGUAUCCUAUUCACUAUUACUCUUCUUUUGUGGAAUGUUCAUCACAGUCGAUGGAUUCAACAAAACAGGAAUUCCUAGCACUCUAUGGGAUUUCAUGGAGCCUUAUGCGCAGAUUGAUCACGUUGGUGGGAUAGCAGUUCUCGCUGCUGUCAUACUUGUUCUCUCAAACGUUGCUUCAAACGUACCCACUGUUCUAUUGCUUGGAGGACGGGUGGCAGCAUCGGCAGCUGCAAUAUCUCCAGCAAACGAGAAGAAAGCAUGGCUUAUGUUAGCUUGGGUCAGCACUGUAGCAGGGAACCUCUCUCUAUUGGGAUCGGCUGCCAAUUUGAUAGUGUGUGAGCAGGCUCGUCGAGCUCCACUCUUCGGAUACAAUUUAUCUUUCUGGAACCAUCUUAAAUUUGGAUUUCCCUCCACUCUUAUAGUCACUGCUAUUGGAUUGGCACUCAUAAAGUGA